UGCAUGAAGCAGAAGACUCAUUUACAAACCUGCACUGAGACGUUUAUAAUCCAGAGAGAUGAACAGAAAUAUUUAUCACUGAAAAUGGACUUACAUGUCUUUAUUUUUGUUUCUGCCAUCCUGACAACAUCUGAAGGGUUUACACUGAAGGGUUCCUCAGGUCCUCUGGUUGUUCCUCUGGGAGGUUCAGUGGUUCUUCCCUGUUCUGUUGAUUCACUCUUACCACUGAAAGAUCUGGAGGUGGAAUGGAGAACAUCAGACUCACAGACUCUCAUUCAUCUCUAUCAAGAUGAAGAUAUCAGACCAGAAGCUCAACAUCAGGAUUAUCAUGAUAGAGCUCAUUUAUUCACUGAAGACAUUAAACAUGGAAACUUCUCACUCCUGUUGAACAAUCUGACAGCUGAAGAUGAGGGACAAUACACAUGUAAAGUUUACACUGGACAAGAGUCUGGAGAAACUGUGGUGGAAAUUAAACAUGUUGAGCGUUUGAUAGUGUCUGGAUCGAGCCGCUCCAUAUCUGCAUCUGUUGGUGGUGAUGUCACUCUGAGCUGCUCUGUGAACUCUCACAUCAAACCUGAAGAGAUUGAAGAGGUUUCAUGGAAGAAAAGAGAUAAAGAUGAAGAAAUCCUGGUUCUUCUCUAUCAAAACAGUGAAACUAUAUCAGACGCAUCAGAUGAGCGAUACAGAGACAGAGUUGAGUUCUUCACUGAUGAAAUCCACAGAGGAAACUUCUCUCUCAGACUGAAGAGAGUCACAACUGAAGAUAAAGGAGUUUACAUCUGUCAAGUGUUUGCUGGGGAACUAUCAGCCAACACAACUGUUAAACUGGAACAACUGGGUUUCUCAGUUUUACACAUAAUAGUGUUGAUUCUCUGUAUUACUGCAUGUGGAUCUGCUCUUCUGUUCUGCUCUCUCAUCUACAGUAGAUCAAACAAUAAAGGUAUGUUUACAUGA